GUGAUACCCUUUUGCGUUGGUUUUCUUUUUUCUUUGGGGAUACUGCUAGUUCUUGCUGAGAGAAAGAGUGGAAGAAAGAAAGAGGCAAGAUGGUUCAUCAAGGGAAACGGCACCAGAGAAUCGAUGGCCCGGUCAACUUGCUCUCCCUAGACGGUGGAGGAGUUCGUGGGUUGUCGGAGGUGGUGAUGCUUCACAGAAUCAUGAAGAGGGUGCAGGAAAUUGAGGGUUUCAAGGAACUGCCAAAGCCAUGCGAGUACUUCCACAUUAUGGGCGGAACCAGCACUGGAGGACUGGUCGCCAUUCUGCUUGGCAGGCUACGCAUGACCACUGAAGAAGCUCUGGCAAAGUACUACGACUUGGGUAAAGUCAUUUUCCACAGGCACAACAAAAAGAGGCUCGAGAUCAGCGCAAAGUACGGAGCAGAGGCACUCGAAACAGUAGUGAAAAAGCUCGUCCAAGAGCGAAGAACUAGCGAGCUCAUGUACGACCCGACUGACGAGCCAACCACUUGCAAGGCGUUUGUUUGCGCCGUAACUUCCGCAAAGAUCGGUCCUCCACGGCGGUUUCGCAGUUACUCUUCCAAAGACCGGAAAUACAGCAACUGCAAGAUUUGGGAAGCAGCUCGAGCGACCUCCGCAGCGCCGACCUUCUUUGCCCCGAUGACCAUCAGCCACGAUAACGUACCGGAAGAAUUCCUUGACGGCGCGCUGGGGUAUAACAACCCCAUCACCGAAGUCCUGAACGAGGCGGGCACAUCUUUGGAUCCGACCCUCAAGCUGGGAUGUAUCCUGAGCCUUGGGUGCGGCACCAAGGCGGACAAGACCCUCAGGAGGUCUGGUCGGUGGUUCGGCCAGGGUCUUUCUUGGGGCUGGCGAAUGGGUAAAGUGAUGAAGGACAGUUUGACGGACCCUGAUCCCAAGCACAUCGAUGUUGCCAGAUUCCUCGAUGGGUGGAACGAGACAUACUUUCGCUUCAGUGUUCCUGGCGCGGCCGAUGCGGUCAAACUACCCGAGUACAAGAAGAUGAAGAUGUUGGAGAAGAUGACGGAAAAGUAUAUGGAUAUUCCUGAAGUCGCAGCGCAAAUCGAAAAGGUGGCUAGGAUACUUGCUGAAAGGAAAUCAGAAGGAGCGUGGAUCGGCUUGGUCUGUCAGCUGGAAAAGAGUGCGGUGGCCAUGUCGCUACAAGCUCGUCCAAUGGGAUUGUCUAGCAACUUCUUCACUGGAAGGGCUGACAUUCUCAGGAAUAUGGCGAAAGUGUUGCUAUCAGACCCAGAUGGACGUAACCAGCGGCGCCGGGAAUAUCUUCUCUGGGGCAUGGGCGGUAUCGGAAAGACGCAAAUCGCCUUGAGGUUUGCCGAGAUUCACGGAGACAGGUUUGAACACGUCUUCUGGCUUGAUGCCACCAACAAAAACACAGUACAGCAAAGCUACCACAAUAUCGCACUAAAACUUGGGAUACAAACAGACAAGAUCGAAGAAUCUCAGGCGGUGGUCCUGAACUGGAUGAAUGCCUCCAAUGGCAGAUGGCUCCUCAUCUUCGAUAAUUACGCUCACAAGGGCGACGAGUACGGCCAGUACAACGACAUUAUUCCUAGAAGAGGGAAUCUGCUAUAUUCUAGCAGAACCAACACACUCCUUCAAAGGCUAGGCCCAGAGGCUGUCUCGGAAGUCCGCGAGAUGGACGAUGAUGAAGCCACUACCUUCUUCAUCAAAACUCUUCACCGCACGAUCGUGGAUCCGGAAGAGCGGCAGCAGUGUACGGCUCUAGUCAAGGAGUUGGGUUGUCUGCCAUUGGCCAUUGACCAAGCCGGUGCCAACAUCCACAUGACAGAGCGCAACAUUGAAGACUACCUUACGGAGUUUCGAAAGAGGCGGGACAAAUUGCUGAGGGAGAGGCAGGAGUCAACGACAGGCACAGACAUGGAAGGUGAUCCGGCUGUAUAUGUCACCUUUGACUUGUCGUAUCUCGCCCUUCGCAGGCAAUCCCGAAGGAUCAACGAAGAUCAACACGCACGCGACUACGAAACAGCCAUAAAGAUUCUCAACAUCAUUUGUUUCUAUCACUACGAUAACAUACCCGAAGAAAUGUUCAUGAGAGCGGCCAACUGGCGAAGCGAGCAGCUCGAGGAGGAGGGACAGCAAGAAAUUCCCAUUGAUCAGCAACUUGGGGGAGACACCGACCGCAACGCCAAUAUCAUCAUUGAGCUCGACGAGGACCGAAAGUGGGAUCCGACCUGGUUCCGCCGCGGGGCCAACAUCCUCAAACAGUUUUCUCUCGUGAGGAUAGACCGACAUCGGUCGCUUUCCAUGCACGUGCUAGUUCACUCCUGGGCCAGAGACAGACUGGACACCUCAGCCAAAGACCAAUACGGAUUCACCGAGAAGGAGUCGUACGCGCUCUCCGCUCGAUGCAUCCUCUUUGAGUCUAUACCCGAAUUGUCUCGCCCGGAAGAGUUCAGCUACCGGACAAAAGUGGUACCGCACGGCCUCGCACUCAACGAACACGCACCUCCAACAGCUAUCGGUGAUUUGUACCGUGAAGCUCACUACGACAAGGUCUGGGCCCUCGCCAAUGAAAACGUUGGCAACUGGGAAGAAGCAGAGAAGUUUUUGAUCUCCUCUAUCCAACGAUACAAGCAGAAUAGCUGGCUGGACGAAGGACGCGCCAUCGAAGCCAUUGACCGACUAGGUGACUUCUACGUUAAGCGUCAAGACUGGCACAAGGCCCACAUGACGCUCCUUGAGGCCUACGAGCGAAAUAGAUACAUUUGUCUCAAACGGGACAGGGUCUCGUACGUUCGGGAAAAUGGUAAGGUUAUUGAGACGGAUUCCGAAGAAUACGUUACACCCAGAGAAGCGGGAGAAUACUGCAGGCGUGUGAUUACCUCCCUCCGCCGUCUAGCCGAUCUCCUUAUGGAAGCCGGAUACCCCGAAGGCCGACUCGAAGCCCUCGAAAGAGCCGACGAGAUGAUCUGGGAAAGCGGCAUCAAGUCUGACAAUGAAUACCUCCAGCCCUGUGGCGACCAAAUCAUCGAAACAGAGUACUGGAUAGAGAGGGGUCAAAACCCCAAGGCCGUCGCGAACCUGACCUGGGAAGAACAAGAUGAAAUAUACAAGGAAAUCGAGAAGAUGAAGGCAGACUAUCGCAAGAAACACAAGCUCGUCGACGAAAAAAUGGACAUUCACAAACAAGACGCCUACCGCAAGGAGAUCCUUUCUUCCACUACGCUCUCCUUCCACGAGAAGACGGACCUCUUGUGGGCCCACUACGACGAAAUCAAAGACAUCUACGGCGACGACGACAUCAUGACCCUAAUCGCCUCGGAAUCCUUGGCCAAACUUGGUCUCCAGUUCCAGGAAUCCUUACCCUCACCAUCAUCAUCAUCAUCCCAUACCAACAAACCGCCGCCACAACUACAGCAACCACCACCCCGCCUCCCCUGCCCCCUCCUCGUCCACCGCAACGCCCUCGCCCUCGCAUCCAAAAAGUACGGCCAAACCCACUCCCACACCCUCGUCUCCCUCGAGCGCCACGGCCUCACCCUCUUCAAACUGAACCGUCUCCGCGAAGCCUUGAAACUCUCCAUUGUCUUUAAGGACCUCAUCACCGCCAACCACAGCGCCAACCACGACUACUCCAUCAUUGCCGCGCAGCGCGUCAAGACGGUUCUGCAAGUGGGCGAUCCGCGGUUUAGUGACCACCGAAUCAAGGGCGUGGGCGGCUGUUUUGCGGGGUGCACGGCGCAAAGCCACCGAGAGACGGCUGCGAAGUUGGGGGUGAGGAGGGAUUGGUUGAAUGCCAAGGGGGAAGUGGUGGAUGUAGUGGGAGAUUUGGAGAGGGGGUACAUGGAGAUGAUGGAGGAGACGAGGCAGAAUCGGGAGGAUCUGGAGCUGGCGGAGGGGGUGUGGGCGAAGAAGGAGGAGGAAGGGAGUAGAGGGGUGCCGAUGGGGGAGGAAGAAGUGGUGAUGAUGAUGCAAGUUUGAAUUGAUUUUUUAAAAUCCGGUUUGAAUUUUUUCUUUUAUUGGAGAGGAUGGGUGGGCUAAUACUUGGAUUGUUUUCUUUUUGUAGGAAAAUGUUUCUUAUUGUGGCUUUGGUGAUGAGGAGGUGGAGGGAGAGGAUUUGGGGAAGAGGGAGUUGAUUUACUGUGCCCGGUGCCGAGCCGUUCUGAAAGGCCACUUUCAAGACUGUGGUUCAGUUUAUUGUAGUAAGGUCUUCCUGUCUAAUUUAAUAGUGGUUUUCGGUUGU